AUGACGACGACGCGUUCGCGCGGUUCCGACGCAACCAGUCGACGUUCAAGGAGAAGAACAAGGUGGAGAUCAAGCUGGAUACGCGGUAUGAUGUGUCGCAGCCGGAGCAAACGACGGAGAAAGAGAAGGAGAAGGAGAAAGAAAGAGAGAAAGAAAAAGAGAAAGAGAAGGAGGACGAGCAGGGCUGGACGCAGAGUCAGCAGAAGGCGUUGGAGGCAGCGAUAAAGAAGUAUCCGGCGACGAUGGAGAAGAACGAGCGGUGGAAGAAGAUCGCGGAGGAAGUGCCCGGGAAAACGAAGGUCGACUGUGUGAAGCGCGUGAAGUGGAUCCGCGAGGAAAUGCUGAAGAAGAAGAAGUGAAUGGGAU